UUUUUCCUUUUUCGCCGGAACCGUCAUCGUAAUAUAGCUCAGAGCACACUUUUAACAAUAAACUUGCCGACGCGUCAGUCAGAUUCAGUGGUCGACGUUGAACGAAAGAGUUUUGAGUGCGGAGUCUCGGAUGCUGAAUAAGCUCACACACGGCGCUUUCACGUACCGUGCUAGCCUCGCCGCCAUGUUAUCUUCAUCAACCGCUGCUGGUUUAUCGUCUUCGUUCGUUUCCACUCGGAAUUCAUGGAAGUCUCCGGGUUUCCUCAAUUCCGGUUUAUUUUCGGGUGGCGUUUCGAGGAAUCGCGUCGCUUUUCCCGUUCAGUUUCUACGCGCAUCAUCUGCUCGAUGUUUUGCAGGCGGUUCUGAUAAAAUUCAGGUUCAGAACCCUAUAGUUGAAAUGGAUGGCGAUGAGAUGACGAGGGUUAUAUGGACUAUGAUAAAGGAGAAACUUAUUCUUCCUUAUCUGGAUUUGGACAUUAAGUACUUUGACUUGGGGAUUCUGAAUCGUGAUGCUACUGAUGACAAGGUUACAGUUGAAAGUGCAGAAGCAGCUCUUAAGUACAACGUUGCUAUCAAAUGUGCCACUAUAACUCCUGAUGAGGGUAGAGUAAAGGAGUUUGGACUGAAAUCUAUGUGGAGGAGUCCUAAUGGGACAAUCAGAAACAUUUUAGAUGGAACUGUAUUCCGUGAACCUAUCAUGUGCAGCAAUAUCCCCCGGCUUGUUCCUGGUUGGAAAAAACCAAUAUGCAUUGGUAGGCAUGCCUUUGGUGACCAGUAUCGUGCCACUGAUACAGUUAUUAAUGGGCCAGGAAAGUUGAAAAUGGUUUUUGUCCCACAAGAUGGGAACGCACCUGUGGAGCUAGAUGUAUAUGAUUUUAAAGGCCCAGGAGUCGCACUAGCUAUGUACAAUGUAGAUGAGUCAAUUCGAGGUUUUGCUGAAUCAUCUAUGGCGAUCGCAUUUAAUAAGAAAUGGCCACUAUACUUGAGCACCAAGAACACAAUUCUCAAGAAAUAUGAUGGCAGGUUCAAGGACAUAUUUCAAGAUGUUUAUGAGGCGAAUUGGAAGCAAAAGUUUGAAGAGCACUCAAUCUGGUAUGAGCACCGCUUGAUCGAUGACAUGGUGGCUUACGCAGUAAAAAGCGAAGGUGGCUAUGUCUGGGCGUGCAAAAAUUACGAUGGUGAUGUUCAAAGUGAUCUUCUUGCCCAAGGGUUUGGCUCAUUAGGCCUCAUGACCUCCGUUUUGUUGUCUGCUGAUGGGAAAACACUCGAGUCAGAGGCGGCUCAUGGAACUGUAACUCGACAUUUCCGACUGCACCAGAAGGGACAAGAAACCAGUACUAACAGCAUCGCCUCCAUAUUUGCAUGGACACGAGGCUUGGAACACAGGGCAAAACUGGAUAAGAACGAAAAACUAAUGGAUUUCGUCAAGAAGCUUGAGUCAUCUUGUGUAAACACUGUUGAGACAGGGAAAAUGACCAAGGAUCUUGCCCUUUUAAUCCAUGGUCCCAAGGCGAGUAGGGAUUCGUAUUUGAACACGGAAGAGUUCAUUGAUGCAGUGGCCUCCAAGCUCAAAACACAGCUCCACGAGAUUCCUCUUGUCUGAACAUUUCUGAGAACAAUACAAAAAUAAUGCUCGCCAUAAUAAUUUCAUAACGUAGCAUAAAACUAAAUGAUAUUGGCGGUUGAAUGAUUUUUUUGUUGGAAAUAAACAAACGUUUUUGUUUCAUUAUUCCAAGUUGUUUUAAUUUAAGAAUUACUAGUGACAGUAUC